AUUAAAUGUAAACAUUAAGCUUAAGCUAUCUGUUCGAUAAAGAGGAACUUGAGAGAGUCAUAAAUACUGAUAUUUUUAUACCGAAUAUAAUAAUUGUUGCAGCCAACACACACGAUGAGUGUCCUCCGGAAACAGCCGAAUGUUGUCAUUAUCGGCGCUGGAAUGGCGGGAAUAUCAGCGGCACGACGAUUAGUUGAUGCUGGAUUUAGAAAUGUUCUUAUACUUGAGGCUGCCGACAGGAUUGGUGGCCGGAUACACACAGUUCAGUUUGGUGAUGGUAAAUUCCCUGUUGAAUUGGGAGCCAAUUGGAUUCAUGGUCCUACUUUACAAAAUUCAACUUUUCAGAUUGCUGAGGCCAUAGGAGCAUUACAGCCGUAUCGGAUUAACAACAGGAUGAGUUCAAGAUUCUUAAGGGAAGAUGGGGUUGAAAUUAGUAGAGAAAUCAUAAAAGAAGCUUUUCAUAUUUUCAAUCGAGUCCUAGACGAAGUUUAUCGAACAAUUAUAAAUGAGCGAUUAAAACAUGGCCGAAUAAUCACAUUUGCGCCGCUUAUAUUUGAAUCCCUGGAAAAAGAAUUGCAAAAUGUUAAAGCAGACGACAGUUACAUUAAGGAUAUGCAAAAAGCAUUGAAAGCUAUGACAAAUCAUUGCAGGUUUCAUGAAGGGGAUGAACUUGAACGAAUAACCUGGGAAAAACACGAACAGGAGUAUAACAUACCAGAAGGCGGAGAUGUCCACAUCCCUGGCGGAUAUGCCCAGAUAAUUAAUCAUCUUAUGAAAUUAAUUCCAAAGAAAUCACUCAUGUUGAAAAAGGAAGUGGUUGAAAUAUUACGAAGUGAUGAAAUUAUAGAAAUUAAGACCAGAGACGGGUCGACAUUCGAAGCAGAUCAUGUUAUUGUGACGUCAUCAAUUGGUUACUUGAAAAAGCACCACGAAACCCUUUUCAAACCGAAACUUCCUCAAUCCAAAAUUGAUGUACUGACUUCUCUAGAACUGGGACGAGUGAAUAAAAUAUUUUUGGAAUUUGACCAACCAAUAUUAGCACCAACUUAUCGCAGUAUAGCAUUUGCUUGGGAUGACACAUCCAUUAAAAAUGUUCAGAAUGACUGGUAUAAGCGUAUAUUUGGUUUUGAUCAAAUAUUCACAAAGAACAACACUCUUCUUGGGUGGAUUGCUGGUGACGCUGCAGAGUACAUGGAAACGCUGUCAAACGACGAAAUUGGUAAAAUUUGCACAGAGCUUCUUCGUAAAUUCUUGGGCAAUAGAAAUAUCCCAAACCCAAAGGCAGUUUUAGUUUCAAGAUGGUGUAAUAAUCCGUAUGUGCUUGGAUCGUAUUUUCACCAGUCGAAAAGAAUGAUUCCAGGGGAGCAGAUGAUACUAUCUGAACCGAUUACAACGCCACGGUGGACCUUUUAA